UGGGGUACAGACGAGCCCCUUUUGCGAAGAAUUUGUUCAUCGGUUUUUAAAAUACAAAAUACAGAAUGGCUGCUGAAGUUGUGGAUGACAGAGAAAUGAGGGAGGCACAAAGGGAUUAUUUGGAUUUUCUGGAUGAUGAUCAAGACCAAGGCAUCUACCAGAGCAAAGUGCGCGACAUGAUCAGCGAGAACAAGUUCCGUUUGAUUGUCAAUAUCAACGACCUGAGACGCCGGAAUGAGGCCCGUGCUGUCAAGCUGCUGAACAAUGCCUUCGAGGAACUUCUGGCUUUCCAACGGGCCCUGAAGGACGUGGUGGCCUCCGUGGAUGCCACCUACGCCAAGCAGCACGAGGAGUUCUUCGUGGGCUUGGAGGGCAGCUUCGGCAGCAAGCACGUCACUCCCCGCACCCUCACGUCCCGCCUGCUGGGCAACAUGGUCUGCGUGGAGGGCAUCGUCACCAAAUGCUCACUGGUGCGUCCCAAGGUGGUGCGCAGUGUCCACUAUUGUCCCGCCACCAAGAAGACCAUGGAGCGCAAGUACACCGACAUGACCUCCCUGGAUGCCUUCCCCUCCAGUGCCAUCUACCCCACUAAGGACGAGGAGAACAACCCCCUGGAGACCGAGUUCGGGCUGUCCAUCUACAAGGACCACCAGACCAUCACCAUCCAGGAGAUGCCCGAGAAGGCACCCGCGGGCCAGCUGCCCCGCUCUGUCGACAUCAUCCUGGACAACGACCUGGUGGACUCGGUGAAGCCCGGCGACAGGGUGCAGGUGAUCGGCACCUUCCGCUGCCUGCCGGGGAAGAAGGGCGGGUUCACCUCCGGCACCUUCAGGACCAUCCUGAUUGCCUGCCAGGUGAAGCAGAUGAGCAAGGAGGUGUCCCCCCUCUUCUCUGCCGACGACGUGGCCAAGAUCAAGUCCUUCCGCGAAUCGCGCUCCAAGGAUGUGUUUGACCAGCUGGCCCGCUCCCUGGCUCCCAGCAUCCACGGCCACGAGUACAUUAAGAAGGCCAUCCUGUGCAUGCUGCUCGGUGGGGUGGAGAAGGUGCUGGAAAAUGGCUCCCGCAUCCGAGGGGACAUCAAUGUGCUGCUCAUAGGUGACCCCUCAGUGGCCAAAUCUCAGCUGCUGCGGUACGUGCUGCACACCGCCCCCCGUGCCAUCCCCACCACCGGGCGCGGCUCUUCAGGCGUGGGUCUCACAGCCGCCGUCACCACCGACCAGGAGACCGGUGAGCGCCGCCUGGAGGCGGGAGCUAUGGUGCUGGGAGACAGGGGCGUGGUGUGCAUCGACGAGUUCGACAAGAUGUCCGACAUGGACCGCACGGCCAUCCACGAGGUGAUGGAGCAGGGCCGCGUCACCAUCGCCAAGGCGGGCAUCCACGCCCGGCUCAACGCCCGCUGCAGCGUGCUGGCCGCCGCCAACCCCGUCUACGGCAGGUACGACCAGUAUAAAACUCCCAUGGAGAACAUUGGACUGCAGGACUCCCUGCUGUCCCGUUUCGACCUGCUCUUCAUCAUGCUGGACCAGAUGGACCCAGAGCAGGACCGUGAGAUUUCGGACCACGUGCUGCGCAUGCACCGGUACCGCACCCCCGGAGAGCAGGAUGGGACAGCGAUGGCUAUGGGCGGGACAGUGGACAUCCUGGCCACGGAGGACCCGGACGCCGCUCAGGCGGAGCAGGAGGAGCUGCAGGUGUACGAGAAGCACAACGCCCUGCUGCACGGGAGCCGGAAACGCAGGGAGAAAGUGGUCAGCAAGGAGUUCAUGAGAAAGUACAUCCACGUGGCCAAAGUCAUCACACCUGUGCUGACGCAGGAGGCAGCCAAUCACAUCGCGGAGGAGUACUCCAGGCUGCGCAGCCAGGAGCAGCUGGGCUCCGACAUUGCCAGGACAUCCCCUGUGACGGCCAGAACUCUGGAAACACUGAUCCGCCUGUCCACAGCCCACGCCAAGGCCCGCAUGAGCAAGGUCGUGGAGCUGGAGGACACAGAGGUUGCCGUGGAGCUGGUGCAGUUCGCCUACUUCAAGAAGGUUCUGGAGAAAGAGAAGAAGCGUGCCAGGCAGGACGACGGGGACACUGGGUCUGAGGAAGAGGAGGAUGAGGAAGGCCAGGGCACCCCUCAGCCUCAGAGGAAGAGAAGUCGCCGUUCAGCUGAGAGAAGACGUUCCCAGAGCAGCGAGCCGUACGACCCCUACGACUUCACCGAGGCUCAGGACGCCCCUGAAAUACAAGCUGCAACUCCACGGGCCAGCGAGGAGCCGAUGGAGAGCGCAGAGCAGGAUGGGCCAGCUCAGCUGACGGCGGACAGGCUGAAGGAGUUCAAGGCGGCUCUGCUGGGGGCCUUCGACUCGGCCCACGCGCAGUCGGUCACCGUGACCGCCCUCAUGGAGUCCAUCAACAAGGACAACCAGACGCCCUUCAGCACCGCCGAGGUGCGGGUGGCCCUCGACCGCAUGCAGGACGACAACCAGGUCAUGGUGUCCAGCGACAUCGUCUUCCUCAUCUAAGGCUCAGAGAGGCGGGGCUGGGGGGAGGAGCCAGGAUCAGCUACAGCCCGACUGGACUGACCGCCCUUUUCUUCCUGUGUGUUUUCCAAACAUGACCUCCAGUCAGAUGGACCAGCAGCGUGAAAGAACUCUGAGCUGUUAAAAGUUUCUUUUGUUUUAUCCAUUUUAACUUGCAUUUUAAUUUCGGUGGCAACAUCACUGUGUAAAGAGUUACUCCUUACGCUGCACAGCAACAGGCUAAAGCUCAGCCAUUUUAGAGUGAUGGCUGUUGCAUCUGUGUUUUCAAUGCAUGUUUUAAAAAAAAAAAAGUCUGUGUAAACGUACAAAGUUUUGUUUGUUCUUGUAAAUAUGAUGUAA